AUGUCCAACUACAACGCACCCGGUGGAGCCCCUCCUGGCUACCCUCAGCAACCGCAAAACGCCUUUGACCAGAGUGGCGACCGUGCCUUCGGAGGCGCGCAAGGCAACUAUGGCGCACCAGGCCCAUACGGUCAACAGCCUCAGUACGGCCAACAACCAAUGUACUACCAACAACAACCGCAAUACCCACCGCAGCAGGGAGGUUACUACGGUGGCCCACCACCCAAGCAAGAGAGCGGCGGCGGAUGCUGCGCUGGUAUCUUAGCGGCUUGCGCAUGCUGCUGCUGCUUAGACAUGCUGUUCUAG